GUUGACAAGCAUCCUACUCUCUCCGCCCCUCCGGUCGCUUGGUUAUCGUCUCAAGACGCAGCGUGAUGACGUAGUUCCCCGACAUUCCACAUGCAAGAUGGCCGCAGUCGGCAAGGAGAGACGUCGCUAAGGGGCUUGCCUGAAGCGAGAGGAUUCUAACAUUUUCAGAGGACCUUUUGGAAAGAACAAGUCUACUUCAAUAAAUGAAGGAGAAUAAAGAAAAUUCAAGCCCUUCAGUAACUUCAGCAAACCUGGACCACACAAAGCCAUGUUGGUACUGGGAUAAGAAAGACUUGGCUCAUACACCCUCACAACUUGAAGGACUCGAUCCAGCCACUGAGGCCCGGUACCGUCGAGAGGGCGCUCGGUUCAUCUUUGAUGUGGGCACACGUUUGGGGCUACACUAUGAUACCCUGGCAACUGGAAUAAUUUAUUUUCAUCGCUUCUAUAUGUUUCAUUCCUUCAAGCAAUUCCCAAGAUAUGUGACAGGAGCCUGUUGCCUAUUUCUGGCUGGGAAAGUAGAAGAAACACCAAAAAAAUGUAAAGAUAUCAUCAAAACAGCUCGUAGUUUAUUAAAUGAUGUACAAUUUGGCCAGUUUGGAGAUGACCCAAAGGAGGAAGUAAUGGUUCUGGAAAGAAUCUUACUGCAGACCAUCAAGUUUGAUUUACAGGUAGAACAUCCAUACCAGUUCCUACUCAAAUAUGCAAAGCAACUCAAAGGUGAUAAAAACAAAAUUCAAAAGUUGGUUCAAAUGGCAUGGACAUUUGUAAAUGACAGUCUCUGCACCACCUUGUCACUGCAGUGGGAACCCGAGAUCAUAGCAGUAGCAGUGAUGUAUCUUGCAGGACGUUUGUGCAAAUUUGAAAUACAAGAAUGGACCUCCAAACCCAUGUACAGGAGAUGGUGGGAGCAGUUUGUUCAAGAUGUCCCAGUUGACGUUUUGGAAGACAUCUGCCACCAAAUCCUGGAUCUUUACUCACAAGGAAAACAACAGAUGCCUCAUCACACCCCCCAUCAGCUGCAACAGCCCCCAUCUCUUCAGCCUACACCACAAGUGCCGCAAGUACAGCAGUCACAGCCGUCUCAAAGCUCCGAACCAUCCCAGCCCCAGCAGAAGGACCCCCAGCAACCAGCCCAGCAGCAGCAGCCAGCCCAACAGCCCAAGAAACCCUCUCCGCAGCCCAGUUCUCCCCGACAGGUUAAGCGAGCCGUGGUUGUUUCUCCCAAAGAAGAGAACAAAGCAGCAGAACCACCACCACCUAAAAUUCCCAAAAUUGAGACCACUCACCCACCGUUGCCUCCAGCCCACCCACCUCCAGACCGGAAGCCUCCCCUCGCUGCUGCCUUAGGUGAGGCUGAGCCGCCGGGCCCUGUGGAUGCCACUGACCUCCCCAAAGUCCAGAUUCCUCCUCCGGCUCACCCGGCCCCUGUGCACCAGCCACCGCCGCUGCCACACCGGCCCCCGCCCCCGCCCCCCUCCAGCUACAUGACUGGGAUGUCUACCACCAGCUCCUACAUGUCUGGAGAGGGCUACCAGAGCCUGCAGUCCAUGAUGAAGACCGAGGGACCCUCCUACGGUGCCCUGCCCCCUGCAUACGGCCCACCUGCACACCUGCCCUACCACCCCCAUGUCUACCCACCCAAUCCGCCCCCGCCACCUGUGCCUCCCCCUACCCACGCAGUCCCCCCUCAUCCUCCUCCAGGCUUGGGCCUGCCUCCAGCCAGCUACCCACCUCCUGCCGUCCCCCCUGGAGGACAGCCCCCUGUGCCCCCGCCCAUUCCCCCACCUGGCAUGCCUCCAGUUGGGGGGCUGGGGCGGGCAGCCUGGAUGAGAUAACGUGAGCCUUUUUUUCCCCCCUUUGUUUUUUUUAACAAGUUUUUCUAAUCGACUUGCAGAGUAGUUGAAGUGGGUAAGCAGCAGGGUACCUUGUAUAAUGCGCGACAGUUGCAGUAUGGGAAGAAUGGAGCAGGCCCCUGGGAUAAAAUCAGGGUGGUCCUCACAUCUAGAGGACGGGGACAGCCAGCUUUCAGAGUAGCCUCAUCAGCGCCCUUGCAGUCUGACUGUGUACACUUGGUUCAGCUAAUGUCUGAGAGUCCUGCACUGGGUUACUUUAUACUAGUGAAGAUGUUAACCAGCCAUAUUGGCUCAAUAAAUAGCUUCGGUAAGGAGUUAAUUUCCUUCUAGAAAUCAGUGCCUACUUUUCCUGGAAACUCAAUUUUAAAUAGUCAAAUUCCAUCUGAAGUCAAGCUGUUGUCAUUUUCAUUCAAUGACGUUCUCUCCCAUGACACCCAGAAGGGUCAGAAGAACCACAUUUUUGAUUUAUAGAUGUUUGCAUCCUUUGUAUUAAAAUUAUUUUGAAGGGGUUGCCUCGUUGGAUGGCUUUUUUUUUUCCUCCAAGGAGAAGGGGAGAAAUGUACUUGGAAAGUAAUGUAUGUUUACAUCUAUUUGCAAAUUCCUGUACAUAGAGAUAUAUUUUUUAAGUGUGAAUGUAACAACAUACUGUGAAUUCCAUCUUGGUUACAAAUGAGACUCCUUCAGUCAGUUAUCCAAAUAAAAGCAGUUCUGAAAC